CGCGUCGCGAUUUUGGUAAUAGAUUUGUCAUUUCAAUAUUUUAAAAGAAUACUUAAUAUUGAAUCAUGUUGUUGCUUCCAUAUUUAAAUCAUCGGCAAACUGGAACAAAGCACCUCUCCCAUUUUAGUGCGGAUCACUACAGAUUGAAGUUGGAUAAUGUGCUUUCCAGGUUUGUCUGCUUUGAAAAUGAUGCUAUCACAGUUCAAAGCGAGGAAUCGGAAGUACCACCAUUUGCAUGCCGGUUUAGACGAGAUGCUGCCUCUGAAUUACUUGCCAUAGCUAGUGAAGAAGGAGAUGUUUUAUUAUAUUCUACAAGCUAUGAUUAUGAUUCUAAAUAUUUACACUCAUUUUCAGCACAUAACAAUGCAAUAUUCGACAUUUGUUGGCUACCUGAUAAAUGUCAAAUGCUGACAGCUUCUGGGGAUUAUACUGCAGCACUGUGGGACAUGAAAACAUGCAAUAUGAUUGCAUCAUAUGGAUAUCAUUGUGGAUCUGUCAAAUGUGUGGAUGUGUGCAAUGAACAAAGUGUACUGUUUGCCACUGGCUCUCGAGACGGCAAUAUUAGUAUAUGGGAUUCGCGUGAACAUGGUAUUACAUCUAUGCCUUUAGGUUUUUAUUUUGAAAAACCAGCUAUUUCCAUCAAAGGUGCGCAUAGUCGAACUAGGUCUCCCAUUAGUUCUUGUAAAAAAUCAUCGAAGGAUACAGUUAGCAGCAUUUCUUCUGUUGCUUUCCAAGAUAGUCGGUAUCUUGCAUCAGCUGGAGCUGCUGAUGGUAUUAUAAAGAUGUGGGACUUGAGGAAAACAUAUCUUUUUAAUUCAAAGUUUAUGCCAGCACCUGCUUAUCAGAUAAACUAUUCUGAAUCUAAGUCAGCCCAAGGUUGUACAAGUUUAGCAUUUGAUUCAACCUUCAGAAAAUUAUAUGCGUGUAGCACUAGUGGCAAAAUAUUUCAACUUGAUUGCUAUAAUUAUAGUGACAAUGUUAUAGCAUAUGAAGGGUUUAAUUGCGCUACAUACUUUGUAAAGAUGGCAUUAAGUCCUGAUGAUCAAUACUUAUUAUGUGGCUCAAGUGAUCAUAAAGCUUAUAUUUGGAAGACAUCACAACCUGGACAUCCCAUAUUGGAACUUCCUGGUCAUACAGAAGAAGUCACUUCUGUUGCAUGGAACCCACAUAAUAUCCUUAAGAUUGCAACUUGCGGUGAUGACAACAAAGUUCUGGUUUGGAAAGUUGGUAAUGAAGAAAAUGAGGAAAAGAAAGCACAUGUGUUGUCUUCUUGUACUAAUUAUACUUGCGAUAAACCUCUCAAGUCAUCAAAUCCCAAAGUUUUUUUUGUAGAAAACUCGCCUACAAAUUACACAGAAUUUUCUCAAUCCCAGAAAAAAGUGAAAUCUGUUGAACUAUUAUCCAAAAGAACUCCUAGUACACCCCAAGAUUUGAAAAAGCCUGUGAUGAAGGACAUUACAAGCUUUUUUUCUCCUCUUUCAAGCAAACCAUCUGUGUUAUCUCAUGUAUCGAGCAGAAAUGUUUUCCAUGAUAUAGGUGUAGAAAAUAGUUCUAAAUCAACUCAUUGUUCGAAAUCUCCAUCACUAUCACAUGUAUUAUCUCCUAGCAAGAUAGUGAACAAGGACAACAUUUUACCAAACUUAACUCCUUCAAAUAAUGUUAUUGUGAAUAAGACAGUUGAUGAAAACUUUGCUGGCAGCGCAACCGAGUUAAACACUCAUUUGAAUGACAAAGAAAAUUGCACAAAUCAGGACUAUAGUGAGUUACAUGGUGAUGGCUCAAGUCUGUCUGGCCAAACAAAAAGAAAAUUACAACCCCAUCAAACUACAUCUAAAUGUCGGAAAACAUUGUUAGGCAGUUCAAGCAAGACAAAGGCACAUGGAAAAAAAGCCAAGAAAGAAAAUUUUCCUGUUGUGAAGUCCAUUAAAAAUUAUUUUUUAAGUAUAUAAUAAUAAAUUUGUAAAAAAGAGAGCAGUAUAUUGGAAAGAUAAGAUACAUUCUUUUGAAAUUCUGUAUAUGUAUGCACAUUAUGAUAAUAUUGAAAUUAAACAUUUAUUUUCUAUUAUCAUUAUUUAUGCUAAAGGAUUCAAAACAUGUUAUGUUAGUUAAUGCAACUUGAAUCAAAGACUAUAGCUGUAGUUCCAUUUUCAAGUUUUUACUUCAUUGAUACUGUUAAAUACAACAUAAUGUUCAAUCACGAUUUUGAUCCAUCUAAAAUAUAAUGCCAAAAAACUUACAUUUUUAUAGUUGCAAAAGUAAAAAUACAGCUGUCAAUAUUUUUAGAUUAAGUUUCGUUUUAUGCAUACUUUUAGCACUGCACUGAUUGAAUAGUGCUACACCGUAACUGUGAUACUAUGUGCUCAUUAAUUCUGUGUAUUAUUAUUUUGUGCUUAUCAGCUCGAGAUAUGGCUUUAGUUCUUAAAAUAUGAAAAAUGAAGCAUUUCAAAUAAAUUUAGUUGCUGUUAAUAUUAGUAUUGUUUUAUGAAUUAUAAUCAUUUUAAAGUAAGUAUAUAAAAGUAGUUGGUUAUAAUAAAAUGAUUUUUUUUUAAAUAUGAAGUAGAAUAUUUUCAACUUAAAUUCCUGCUGAUCAAAUACAUGUAUAAUUCCAACAAUUAUUUGUGUCACAGUUUAAGCUAAGUUCAAAGGUUUUUUGGCAAAAAAAAGCUUAAAUUAUGAGGGGGGGGGGGGGGGCUUUAGCAAAAUUGUAAAAUAUUGAAGGUUUGUGAAUAUGCUCACAUAUCUUUCUAAAUAGCUCAAGGUGUUUCGUCUCCAGUUGACAGCUAAAUUCAAAAUUCAGCCAUGACAUGUGUAAAAAAAAUAAAUACAACACAGUAACUUUUUAUUUUAAUUAGAAAUUAUAAUUUUAAAAUGCACACACAUGUCCCCUGCUCCCAAUAAUGCAUUUAUUGGAGGAGGAGGGGCGUAAUUCCCAUUAAGACUAAAUAAUGUUGAACUUAAUAGUAAUUUAAACAACUUAACUCAGAUUUAAAACAAGAUUAGGUUGACUAUUGUCAUGCUUAUUUCUUCUCUUGUAUCAAUUAUUGUUGAAUUUUGAGAAAAGAAACAAAAAUAGCUUUCAUUUUCGUAAUUGAGGUAAUCUUUUCCCUCUUUGCAAAAAAAUGUAACCGUACCCUGAUUUGUGUGCAAGAUUUUCUUUUCAAUAAACAAAGUUUUUUUUUUUUUUUUUUUUUGCAUUUAUCUUAUUGUAAUUACAUGAGAUCUAAUAAUAAAAACCAUAAAAAUCAAGAAUAAAAACUAAAAAGAUAAAACUUGUUUUACAUAAUUACUAUUAUAGGUGCACUUGUGUAGUUUUUGCGGUAAUAUAUUAAAUGUAGAUAGUUUGUAACAACUAUGAUCUUUUUUAUUUCAUUUUUUCUUUUAAUGAUGUUGUGAUUUGAUUUAGUUUUUAAGAUGCAUUGCUGACGAUUGUAGUGUUUACUAUCAUAAAUAAUGACAAUUGCUGUUAUGCUUCAUGCUUCAAUAUUGAAUAUGAUUAGUUAUUAAUCUUUUUUGACUUUUAAUAUAGUUAUGAAUCAUUUAAUACUAUAUUCAAUUUCCUGUUUAAAAUAUUUAAUUAAAAACAACCAACUUUGCUCUUCCCAUAUGUCUUUUCCUGAAGAUAUUCAUACCUGCCAAAUCUACUGUUUUUCACUAGAGCUUUUUUUUUUUUUUUUUGGCUUUUCUUCCAAUUUUCCACUUAGGUACGAUUUCCUUCUCACAUCAAACAUUAUUUGUAAAAUUGUUUGAACUGCUUAUUAUUAAAUAUUCAACUAAAAAGAAAGACAUCUUAAAAUAUUUUUUUGUACAAUUUUGCUGUUUUUUCUAGUCUAAAAUCAGUUUUUCCAGGCAAAAUGUUUUAUAUUGAUUUCUUUUUAAAAAUGGCAUGUAUGGCAGUUAAAAUGUUCCAAUAAAUUAUCAUCAUUAUUAUUUAUGUAAGUGUAAUGAUUUUCCAUGCAUUUUGCACUGAUUGAUGUGCAGCCAGAAAAAUCUGCUGGAGGGGGUUUCUCGAUCAAAACGGUCCUUUCAUAUGUUAAAACCAAUGUCUCUGUAUGGUGUUUUUGCCCCCAAAACCCCCCGUACACAGCGUCACUUGCACUAAGUAAUUUAGUACUAAUUAUAUAUUGUUUAGUUAUUACACAGAUUUAUUAGUACAUAUUCGAUGUAAUUUAAUUUUAAAAUAUUUUUUUUGAUCUACAGAUCAUUGUAUGUUUUGUAGUAAAAAAAUUCUUAUUUUAAAGUUAUUGUAAUAAAUAACGGAGGAAACUUUUGUUAGGGCGAAAUGUAUUCCUGUUAUAUAAAUUUUUUGUUUUGCUGAGAGUCACCUUCAUUAUGCAAAAUUGUUUUAAAGAAUGUUUUCAAAUUUUUUUAAUAAAAUUUUUG